ACCGAUACGGUGCGGUAUAUGGUUUUGAAAUAAAGUAACUUCGGUAAGUACAUGGUAUCUUAAAUCAAUUAUGUUGUUCAUCAAUAAUAAGAAAAAAACUUUCAUAAUUUAUUUAAAGAAAAAAAUGCUUUAGAAUUCAAAUUCUCUUAAACUACUUACAUUAAUCUUUUCUUUACCGAGUACCUAGAGCUGUCUGGUUGUAUAUUAUUGAUCUUGAUCGAUAUUAUUAACUUUGUCCAUACUAACUGCUUUGACUUUACAUCUCGCAUUCACAACGUUGUGCAUCUGCUCUUACAAACACAACAAAGAAGCUUAAAGUCUGCUCUGCCUUUGUUUUCUGUUACAAUGCACGUUAUUUCUGGCAGGGACCAUAGCUCAGGAAGUCAGACGCAAACUCUGAAGGAACUGACAAAGAUAAUGGGAUAAGAAUGGAAUAACUUUAAAUGAUGUGUUCUUACAUGGGGCAUGUGUCUAGGUCAUCCUUUGCCAUGUCUUCUAAAUUUUUAAUCAUGGUUAAUGCACAUUGAAUUUAUCUUUAUGUAUAUUAUCAUGAAAGAGAAUGGUACCUUGUCAUCAUCACUAAAGAUACCUGUGAUUAAAACUUUUGAUAAGUUAACAACUAACAAUAAAUUGAACUGAAUUAACAAGUUUCUGUUUUGCUAAGUAUAUGUGUCAUCUUUUCUUGUACCGUUUGUUGGAACCUUGGAAAUUUUUGUCGUCAGUUGUUGCUAUAGAUUACCAAAUUUAGUUAAGAGCAUCAAGAAAACUCGAGGCAUUUCCGACCCAGAGUCAUGAGUAUGCAUACUGGAACGAGAAGGUGAAGAUAACGUAGUGACCGAUCUCAUAAAGCCUAUAAAGAAGAAAAAACGAAUUGAGAGCAGGGCAAACACGGGCCCAAGGUGAUAGCAGGUGCCAAGGAGAAGUAAACCUCCACAGUUGACAGGUCACACCCGCUGUGAAUCCUGGAUGUUAAUCAGAUGUGAAAUCAGUAUGCACUCAACCUUAGGAAUACACUGUAUAUAAUCCUCCAACAGUAACAGGUGGCAUAUUGUUGAGCAACUGAUAGUGUCUAUAUAUGGAAAGGGGUUCAGGUGAGUGUUUGAUCCAUGAACCUCCUAUUGAAUUUUUUUUCUUGCGCUUCAUUUACAUGGUAAAAGCUUCAUGAACAUAAAAUACUAGUUCAAUAUUUUCUUGGAUUCCGUGGCCGAGUGGUUAGAGCAUCGCGCUUAAAAUCACACGGACUGUCACCUCUGUUGGCGCGGGUUCGAAUCCUGCUCGCGCCGGUAAGUGAGAAAGUUUACCAGUUUACUUUCGGAUGGUUGGUGGUCUCUUCCCAGGUACAUUGCUUCAGGGAUCUCUCUUCCACCAAUAAAAACUGGGCGCUACCAGAUAACUGAAAAAUUGUUGAGUGUGGCGGUAAACAACAAAACAAUCAAUCUUGGAGACAGAGUGGCAGCAUGCAUGUACUAUUAAAUUCCAAUGGAAUGUUGCUAGCGAAUAUUUUCAUAGCGUAUACGUCUUAUCGUCCAGGAAAACGAUUCGGUGAGGAUGAUAACGAUUCAAAUUCCACAUGUUAUGUGUUAAUAAAAUCGGUUCUUCUUUAUUCAAGCAGUCUUUAUUUUUUUUUUACUGUGACAUCCUCAUUCUAGUCAAAUUGUGACAAUAUAGUUACCAUUAAAAACCAUAUUGGUCGCGUGAUGUAAAGCAAGUUCUAUUAUAUUUAUGUUCCUUUGUUGUGAUCAUAUCAAACCUCGCUUUUCGUGAUAAAACAUUUCCUUAAACACAUGGCAUACAGAUACUUCAUACAUUGGUAUCCAGAUCAAUAGUGAAUUUAUUUUCAGAGUAUUUCCAGAUAUGUUAACACGUCUACUGAUUCACCUUUUCAUACAGGCUUAUUUUCCACCCACAACAUAUACGAAAAACCAAAUGCUUCCAAAAUGCAGACCCGAUUUCAUGUGGUUGAAAGAUACGGGGAGGUGUGUUGAAUGUCUGUUGGGUUACUAUGGACCAGAAUGUAUCUACAAGUGCCCUUACCCAUCAUUUGGUCGUCGUUGUUUGGACGGAGUCUGUAACUGUUCACGAGAGUUCUGUAAUGUCUCUACAGGGUGUGUAUCAGCAGGAAAACAUACUCCACAAGUAUCCUCGACUCUCUUGACAACGGAUUCCUCAUCUUUUUGGAACUCUGAAUCUACCCCUGAUGCGUCAAAUUUACAAUCUACCAUCCAUUCAAAACCAGACCACACAGAAACUGUUUCAAAUAGCAGUUCUUUAUUGGUGAUGAUCAUCAUUUCAAUAAUUAGUAUCAUCCUUGUCGGGUUCCUCGUUACAGUUGUAGUCUUUCAACUUAAAGAAAGAUUGCGAAACUAUGGAAACAAAGCUACCAUGUUACAUCCUAAGGACAAGUAAAUGUCUAUUGUGAAGUAGAAGACAACGAGGUGGUUGAGGAUGGAAUUAACAAUACAGAAACCAAACCAAAGUUUAUGAAUUUAUUGAUCGAUUUCAAAAAGGACGCAACAAAGUAUACAACUAUAUCGUCUAGAAAAUAGUGAAACACCUCGGCACAAAUCGGUGAAUAUAUUGACAUGGAUAAGAGGACUAAGAAGGAUAAUUACAUCUCCAUGGACACAUAGAGUUUUGUCAAGGUCAUCGCUGUAUUUAGUGAAAAUGUUAAUGAAACUCAUUAAGUCAAAUCCAUAAUAAUAUGAUAGGUUUUUUUUUUCCAAACCGAGCAUGACCUGUUUGUGUAUCUGAAUAUAUUCUAAAUAUAUGUUAGAGAAA